UUCUCAUAUAGCUCUUCAAUUGGUUCACAUUGAAUUGUACUAUUUCCCUUACCUUUGGUCUAAAGAAAAAAGUGCCAAAAAUCUUUAUUUUUUAUUUGGCUUUAUUAAUCCUUUUUGUUUUGAAAAUAAAAUAGGAUUUGAGGAAGAGGGUCAUAAAAAAAAUACUGUUUUUGUUGAAGCAAAAAGUUGGUGAGUUGAGUUGAGUUGUGUUGUAAUUUGCAAAGAUGGAAGAAAACAAUUUUGGAGAACCAUUGUUGUUGAAAAAACAAUACUAUGAAAAUUGUCCUGGUUGUAAAGUGGACAAAGCAAAAGAACUCAAAACCGAUGUUACAUUUCGAAAUCUCUUUAACAUAUGGAUGGUGGUUUUAUGUAGCUCUCUACCUAUAUCAUCUCUUUUUCCUUACCUAUAUUUCAUGGUAAGAGAUUUCAAUAUUGCAAAAAGAGAGGAAGAUAUAAGUGCCUAUGCUGGUUAUAUAGGAUCUUCAUUUAUGCUUGGCAGAUCUUUGACAUCUAUAUUGUGGGGAUUAAUAGCUGAUCGAUAUGGUAGAAAACCUGUUGCAUUUUUAGGAAUUAUUUCAGUAAUUAUUUUCAACACAUUGUUUGGCCUUAGCACAAGUUUUUGGAUGGCUGUUAUUACACGAUUUUUUCUUGGAUGUUUGAAUGGUUUGCUUGGACCAAUGAAGGCUUAUUGUUCCGAAAUUUUUCGAGAAGAAAAGCAAGCUUUAGGACUAUCAACAUUCAGUGCAGCUUGGGGAAUGGGCUUAAUAAUUGGACCAUCAUUAGGAGGUUAUUUGGCUCAGCCAACACUGAAAUACCCAAAUCUAUUUCCAAAGGAUUCCUUUUGGGACAAGUAUCCAUAUUUCUUGCCUUCCAUUUCAAUAUCAAUUUUUGCAUUUGUGGCAGUAAUUGUCUGCAUCUGGCUUCCGGAAACACUACACAACCACCCUCUUAGCAAUGAGUCAAGUAAUGAUGCUGAAGCUUUAGAAAAUGGAAGCAAAGAGAAAGUCAGAGAGAAAAUAAUCCAAAAAGAUGAAAACCUCUUCCUAAACUGGCCCUUAAUGUCAUCCAUCAUUGUCUACUGCAUUUUCUCACUUUAUGAUAUUGCUUAUCAAGAGGUUUUCUCAUUAUGGGCUGUUAGUCCUAGAAGAUUAGGGGGUUUGAACUUUUCAACUGAUGAUGUUGGUAAUGUUCUUGCAAUAUCAGGUAUUGGUCUUAUUGUCUUCCAGCUUUCUGUAUACCCAUCAUUGGAAAGAACUUUUGGACCUAUAAGAUUUGCUCGCAUAAGUGGAGUUUUGUCCAUACCUCUUUUGCAAAGUUACCCCUUCAUAGCAAUGCUGUCUGGUAUCACACUGUACUUGGUUAUUAAUAUUGCUUCCCUUCUCAAGAAUCUUCUAAGUGUGACUGUAAUCACUGGUUUAUUUCUUAUGCAAAAUAGAGCAGUGGAACAACAUCAAAGGGGUGCAGCUAAUGGCAUUUCUAUGACUGGUAUGUCAAUAUUCAAAGCAAUUGGUCCAGCUGGAGGUGGUGCAAUAUUAGCUUGGUCACAAAAACGUAUGCAUGCAUCUUUCCUUCCAGGCACUCAUAUGGUUUUCUUUGUCCUGAAUGUUGCUGGAGGACUUACAGUGCUAUUGAUGUUUACACCAUUUCUGAGUGUAAAGAAGAAAACACCCUCUGAGCAGUUACACUAAGAAAAAUGAAUUUUUUUAUUAAGGGAUCAAGCAUCUCAAGAUCAUUAUUUGGUGGAUUCUAUGGUGAAGCAGUUAUUGUCUUCAUUGCUAAUUGAUGGCAACCAAUUAAUAAUUACAUAUGUUGUUAAGCUUGUAGGGUAGUAAUUUUAAGAGGAAUGAUAAGGUAGCAAGCACCCUUACACACUCUAACAUACCUUUAUUUAUUGGGUUAAGUUACCCCUUAUUUUUAAUCUUGUAUUUUGUAGGCAAAAUACUUUUCAUAGUCUUUUAAGAUAUAUAGAAAUAAUAUAUUAGUCAUUUAUCUUUGUUU